AUGGCACGAGAGGACCCUCUUGCUAUUGGGGGUGUGAUUGGGGAUGUUCUCAACCCUUUUACAAGCUCAGUUUCUCUGACGGUUUCCAUCAACAACAGAGGGAUUAGCAAUGGCUAUGAACUCAGGCCCUCUCAUGUUGUUAACCGCCCUAGAGUUACUGUUGGUGGUGAAGACCUAAGGACCUUCUACACACUGGUAAUGGUGGAUGCAGAUGCACCUAGCCCUAGUAACCCCGUCUUGAGGGAAUACCUGCACUGGAUGGUGACAGAUAUUCCAGCAACCACAAAUGCAAGCUUUGGGAGAGAGGUUGUGGUUUAUGAGAGUCCACAACCUUCAGCAGGGAUUCAUCGACUUGUGUUUGUAUUGUUCCAGCAAUUGGGCAGAGACACUGUAAUCACCCCACAAUUGCGUCACAAUUUCAAUUCCAGAAACUUUGCUGAGAAUAAUAACCUCGCACCUGUUGCAGCAGCUUAUGUCAACUGCCAAAGAGAGCGAGGUUGCGGUGGAAGGAGAUACUAA